AUGACAUUACUUUCCGGACAAACCAUACAUAAAUUGGUACAUAUAACUGAUCCGAUAAGAAAACGAGCUGCGUCAUCUUUCGAGAAUCAUGAUUAUAAUAUGGAAUGUGAUACUUGGCGAUGCGAAGAACGGCGAUUGGAACUGCAAGAGCAAGCUACUGCCGUGAAAGAAUGCAUUCUUAGUCACAAGAAAGCAAUAGAGUUUGUACAUUUAAUGAGCAAAUUGUUUCGAUGGACUGAGAUGGCGAUGUCUGGUAUAUACGUAAUUGGUGAACUGAUACACAUAUUUUUUCUCAGCUUAAUGGCGCAAUUUAUAUUUGACCACAGUUUAAAAGUUCGCGAAUCGGCGUAUUCAUGCUCUUGGUACAAUAUGCCUACCAAGAUUCAAAAAGAUGUUGUAAUGAUCCUAAUGAGAAGCCGUUUACCAUGCAAGGUGAUGGCUGGACAAUUGUUUGUAAUGUCACUGGAAAACUUUUGUGCGAUAUUGCAGACAUCGAUGUCGUAUUUUACGGUGUUAGCUUCUUUUCGAUAA